AUGGCACUCUUUCGUUACACUCUACCUUUAACUCGACUAACUGUUUCAUCAGUAUUGCCUAGUCGAGGAGCUGUGACAGCACCAGCUACUUCUUCAUCAAAUACUGUCGAACAUACAACAAAUCCACCUAUUCAAAAGGAACAAGAACAAAAUGUAAUAACAAAUUUAUCACCAUAUAAAACUGUACCCGGUAAAUAUUAUGGUGAUAGUAAAGUUGAAGUUGCAUUAGCUCGUUUGGAUGAUGUACAAAAUUUAAUUCGUCGUGGUUCUAUUUGGCCAUUAACAUUUGGUCUUGCUUGUUGUGCUGUUGAAAUGAUGCAAAUGGCUGCUCCACGUUAUGAUAUGGAUCGAUUUGGUGUUGUCUUUCGUGCUAGUCCGCGUCAAUGUGAUCUGAUGAUUGUUGCUGGUACACUUACUAAUAAAAUGGCUCCAGCUAUUCGAAGACUUUAUGAGCAAAUGCCUCAUCCAAAAUGGGUCAUUUCAAUGGGUUCAUGUGCUAAUGGUGGUGGUUAUUAUCAUUAUUCAUAUGCAGUAGUUCGUGGUUGUGAUCGUAUUAUUCCAGUUGAUAUUUAUGUACCGGGUUGUCCGCCAAGUGCAGAAGCAUUGCUCUAUGGUGUUUUGCAAUUACAACGAAAGAUUAAACGAUAUGAUACAUUACAAAAAUGGUAUCGAAAAUAA